AUGUCUAAUAGAAGAAAACCUAGUAGAUGGAGAGGACAGUCAUCUAGUAGAGGUAGCCAAAAUUGUUAUCGAACAGAUGACUUUUACAAUAAUAGACCGCAUAGACCCAUAAUAAAGAAAGAUGAUGGAUCACUGGGAAUUUCGAGUGAAAAUAAUUAUAGCUAUCCACAAAGGUCAAAUCAUCGAUAUAACAGCAAUGGUAACACAGGUUGGAACAGCGGGUACAGGUACAAACAGCCAGGCCCAAAGGUGCGGAGAUAUAAUUCAGAACACUCCAAGAGCUUCUCUUCACAUUUCAGGGACGAAGAUGAUGGACUUACUGGAGAUAUGCGGUCAUCAACUCCAGAUAACGACGAUGUACUUCCCGACUAUAGACAAAGCCCAGAUCACUUCACAGAACCACAAAAUAAGGUUAGAAGAAUGAAUAGAAACGAGAAAUCGAACACAAAUCCACUAGUAAUAUGUACCAAAAGAGUUGAUUAUAAGAUAAAUGAGCAGGAGGAACGGAACACAACUAUAAAUGAUUCCCAUCGACGUUACUCGUCCGGUUUAUCCGGUAGCGAGUCUGUAUCAGACACAAACUUAGCUGACGGUAGCGCAUUUCGUUUCCGUCAUGGUCCAUCAGAUUUUAGCAAGGCCAAGGAAAGACAUUAUAGAGAUUAUGAGAAUGAAACAGAAGAAAAAAUGGAUGAUGGUAACAACCCUCGAGGCUUAAAGACAAGUCUUCUAAAUAGAUAUGAUGAAUCGACCAAUUCCUUUUACAGUCAACCAGUUCACAACACAACAAAUGGGCAGUUUGCAGAGGAUAGAAAUCAAACAACUGAGCGAAUAAAUGGGGUUGCCCAUUUCUCAAAAACACCAACGACACAAGGUAACCUGAACUCAGAGAAUCUGAACCACCACAGCUCGCCGUCUUCAGAUAUAUUGAAGUCUCCUGAGAAUGGCGGAAAUGUUACAACACCUUCCCUUUCCACCCCUCAAGGCCGUUCAGGGAUGGAGGUGGCAGACAAAGCUACCCCCACAACCUUAGAGGACGACCACUCAGUAGUAGAGGGAUCAGAAUCAAAGGAACUUUUAAAAACCAGCGCGGAAAGCACUACUUGUGUGUCUAAGAUUCCUAUGCCGGCACCAGAACAUAUUCAGGAUAUCAAAGAAUCACUCAAUCGUCCUAUAACGGCAGCGAGUAUAGACCCUGUAGAAGUUGUAGCCGUGCAACAUGAAUCAAAUGACGUCCCUAUUGGUGAGAACAAAGAUGCACCAUUAACUAGCCCCCCUGGUAAUGGCGAAAAGGUAGAAACCCAAUUGACGGAAAAGACAGAGAGGGAUGUCGAAGGUAAUACAGACAACGCCACAGACGAAUUGCCAAACGCAGGUAUGAACAAAGAAAAAAGAAGUACUCUAAUUGAAUCUGGCAAAGAAAGGACUGCUGUAGUGCCUACAUCUUCAAGCGAUUCACUAACUGAUCAGAAUCCCAACCUUCAUAACAAGAAGACCAAUUCAUCAUCUUUACAGCUAAAACGAAAAGGAAGCUUUUCAACCGAUACUAAAUUUAAAAUGGACACUAGUACAACUUCACCGCAUGAAAUAGGCAAAACUAUCGGUACAUCAACUCAUUCCGACGGCAGAUAUGUCACCAAUACUUUGGAUGUUCCCAACACAAGGAAGGAUUCUCAGCUCACACAAGCAGAUAGUCCAGGUGACGUUCAUGUAGUAGAAGAAAGGGACCCACCCGGAAAAUGGAAAGAGGAAGAGCAUAGUUACAUGCCGGAAUCAGUUUAUCUAAACUCGUCAAGCUCAAUGCCUCAGAAAGACAGCACGAAUAGUGGAUCAACAACAGGAGAGGAGACUUUGAAAGAUCACUCGGUAAAAAAAAUAAACUUGGCAGCUAGUCAAGUAAAGGGCCAAGAGCCCCCUCAAACAAAACAUUCGCAAAGCCAUUCUUCCGAUUUCUGCAUGGGUAGUGAUAUUUUGUCACAUUAUCAGGGUCAAAGUAACUCGUUACAAGACACAAGUACACCAGCUUUUCAACCUGCACUAUCUUCUGCAACCACUGAGCGACAAUUAAUGAUGGAACGAUCCACAGGAUCUGUCCCUUCACAAAUUGAAACCUUGACCACAACGACCGAGCUGAAUAUUUCUACGAAAGAAGAUAAAAAGUCGUUUGAACCUGUAACACCACUACAAACAGACAGCAAAGUUUCUCUUUCCACUGAAAAGAGGACAGAGGCACAGUUGGAGGCUGGUGGCAAUGGAGUUAUUUUACCAAAGAGCACUAAUAACUCUCCUCAUUCGAAAUCCAGUAGUCCCGUCAUCGACAUGGUCAAAUCCAAUUUGCAAGUUGGAAAGAGGCCAGUUUUUGAAUCUGACGAAGAUCGUAAAGCAGUUAUAGAUUGUAAGAGGGUGCAAUCAACUAACAGUGACUUACUUGUAUCAAAUACAAGUCCGACAAGUAGAACAAAUAAUGAAGUCCCGGAGAAAAAGGCAUUACAGCAGAUGAAUGGGGAAAAGAAGGAGCUGAGUUCAAUUGCAAACGAUACCAUUCAGGCAGAACAAAAGGAAAAGCAAGAUGCUCUGGUCAAUUUCGAAACAGCAGGUAAUUUGGUGCCAGUUAUAAGCAAAGAAGUUCUCACUUCGGGCGACACAAUCGGAAAGAAGAAAGAAACGACGAAAGACACACCGCGGGUCUCUACGGUAGAAGCGCCCGUUAGCGAUCUUGGUGCCGAUACUCCCAGUAAGUCUCCAACUGCCAAAGAGCAAAACGAAAAAUAUAUUGAGCCUCUAAUAGUCGGGUCAAAAGAAGCGGAGGUGCAACAAUACACGGUUUCUUUGCAGGGGGAGAUAAGCAAAACUAUUAACGACGAUGAUUAUACCCAACGCGAAAACACCGCUCUCAACAAAAGCUCUACACUCGAUAUUAGUGGGGAAAAGUCUGUCUUGUAUGAUCGUGACAGUGUAACAGAAAAGCUUGGUCUGCUUGAUGUGAAUAUUGUAAAAGAGGGCGGCAGAGAACAGAUGCUGAUGCCACGAGAGGGCCAAGCUGACACAACUUCGCCGACCCAGUCAACUAUUAGAAGGGACGAGGAUAGUACUUCUCCCAAUGACCAAAGCAUUUUCGUUGGGAGAAACAAUUUACCCGCCAUUAUUGGAAGAUCAGGCGAUGGGCUCAAAACCUCUAGUGAUGCGGAAAGUGUGGAAACAGCGAAAUUGGGAGCUAUUAACAAAACUAGCACUUUCAAAAUUGAAAAACUUGAAAGUAAGGUAAAAAAGUUGCGCAAAACAAGAAAGCUACUAGAAGGGCAUGUCUCCACACUUUCAGAAGAUAUAAUAAACUAUGAAAAGAGGUUGACAGGUGCGCUGGGAAAACUCGACUAUCUUAACAAAACAAAUAACGAUCUUUUGAAAUCAUACAACACACUUUGUUUUAAAAUGACAGACCAUCUCAGCGACACAAGAGUUUCAUUUGCUGAAAACAAGCAACAUCCUUGCCCAGUAUCAGUGGAAGAGAUAAAAGAGGUUUCUGCCCCAGUGUCAGAUACUGACUCUGGUGAUUCUGUGACGAAUUUACUGGACAAUAAAAUUAUCCGGCGGAUCAGCGAAUUCGAAAUACUCGAACUCGAGGUGUCGGAAAAGCAAAAAACUCUGCUCAAUGAAGAGGCAGAGGACUUGCAAGUUUCAAGUGAAAGCCCAUUUCUUAAACAGCUGAAAGAACGAUUGAUUGAGACUGAAAAAAAAAUGAUUGAUACCCAAAAACUGAUGGACACCCGGGUACUGAACUUGAAUAAUAUGGUUGUCCAACUAAGCAGAAGAAAAUUUGAGCUUGAAAAGGAAUUAGCGAGUCAUAAACAAUACCUUGUUAAAACCAGCACUUAUAUCGAGAAAAUGUCGGAAGAGAUGCAGAAGAAGAAAGCGGCAACCACAGAUGACGGAACUGUUCUUCUUUUGAAACAGGAAUUGAAAAAGGAAAAGGAAAUGAAUAAAAACUUGAGAGUACUGAUAGAUUCAAAUAAUGUCACCACAUCAAAACAAAUGCAGGUUCUGACCCAACACCUCAAUGACGUAUCAUUGAAGUUUAAUAUACUAUCAAACACGUAUAGGCAGUUGUUUGAAGAAUACACUGUACAGAAGAGUAAACUAAGGUUAUUAAGACAGACUGGGAAACAAAUGGAGACAACACAGAGGGACUUAGAAGACACCAUUACGAAACAAGAGGGAACAAUCAAGAGUUUAUCAUCUUCCGAUCGGGACCACACUUUGGACAAGACUGCAAUUUUUUGGAAGAAAAUGUAUGAGACUGUCCGAUCUGAAAAGGAUGCAGAAAAAUCAAAGUGGCAGGCUGAAGUUGCAAGAUUGCACAAAUACUAUAAUAAUGCAUUGGGAGAGAGGGAAAGUGCUGUCAAAAAACCAUCAGAGGUUUCUUCAGUAGGUGAAACUGAGCCAGCUCAUUCAAUAAAGCCCCAGACAUUAACUUUGUUCAUGAAGAAUAAUAACCUAAACAAUAAGGACAUUCCUGUUUUAAAAAGUUCGUUUGACUUGGUUCCUCAUUAUUCGAAUCUUAUACCCUCGACACAAGAGCCUGAACAGAAAAGCGGGUAG